AAACAUCACCGUCAAUAAAAUAAAAGCUACCACCUCAAGUCUCUUGAAAGAGAGAACCCAACUACUCGAAAACAACCGCGAAAUUCUUCUGACAACAAAAUCACCAGAAUAAAAGAAAGUUCUUCUCUCCUUUUCUCUUUUUCUAUUCUCUCUUUCUCUUUCUGUUAUUCUUUUUACUUGGACGAUGAAACUGAAUCAAAAUUAAAACCUAUCGCAUCAUCGGAAUACCAUAGUCUUCGUAUGCGCAAUCGAGCGCCGUAGAACAAUGGCUCCGGAAUCGAUCUUUCUAGAAGAUUUCGGGCAGACGGUUGAUCUCACUCGCCGCAUCCGCGAGGUUCUGCUGAACUAUCCGGAGGGAACCACGGUCCUCAAGGAGCUCGUACAGAAUGCAGACGACGCCGGCGCCACCACCGUCUCGCUCUGCCUCGAUCGCCGCACCCACCGCGGCGACUCGCUGCUCACGAACUCUCUUGCUCAGUGGCAGGGACCCGCUCUGCUGGCCUACAACAACGCCGUUUUCACCGAGGACGAUUUCGUCAGCAUCUCCAAGAUCGGCGGAAGCGCCAAGCAUGGACAGGCCUCCAAGACCGGUCGCUUCGGGGUUGGCUUCAACUCAGUGUACCAUUUGACAGAUCUUCCCUCUUUUGUGAGCGGCAAAUAUGUUGUAUUGUUUGAUCCUCAGGGUGCUUAUCUUCCAAGAGUUUCUGCAGCAAAUCCCGGGAAGCGGAUUGAUUUCACUGGCUCAUCUGCCCUCUCCUUUUACAGGGACCAGUUUUCCCCAUAUUGUGCUUUUGGUUGUGACAUGCAAAGUCCUUUUUCUGGAACACUGUUCCGUUUUCCUUUGAGAAAUGCAGACCAGGCAGUCAGAAGUAAGCUCUCAAGGCAAGCAUAUUCACCAGAAGACAUUUCCUCCAUGUUUGUUCAACUCUUCGAAGAAGGAGUUUUGGCACUUCUGUUUCUUAAGAGUGUGCUGUGCAUUGAAAUGUAUUUGUGGGAUGUUGGAGAAUCUGAACCUAAGAAAAUUCAUUCAUGUUCUGUCAGUUCAGUAUCUGAUGAUACAGUUUGGCAUCGACAGGCACUGGUCAGAUUGUCUAAGCAUUUAAAUACUACAGCUGAAAUGGAUGCAUUUCAGUUGGACUUUGUAAGUGAGAGAAUAAGUGGUGAUGAAGCUAAGAGGCAAACCGAGAGAUUUUAUGUGGUGCAAACCAUGGCCGCAGCAUCUAGUAGGAUUGGCUCUUUUGCUACUACUGCAUCAAAAGAUUAUGACAUUCACUUGCUGCCAUGGGCAUCAAUUGCGGCAUGCAUUUCUGAAAAUUUAUCGAAUGUAAUUUUCAAUAUCUUAUCCUUUUGCUGUUGCCCCAACCUCUUCUCUCUCUCUCCCGUGCAUACACAUUGAAUUCUUGUUACUAUAAAUUUAGAUUUGCUUUUGGUUCUGCCCCAUUAUUAACUGUCAUCUUAGUGUGGAUGUGAACACAGUUGAAAGGCAUGGACCAUUUACGAACAUUUUGGUUCAUCCAGCCCUCCAAUUAAUUUUGACUCCAAUUGAUGAUUGAAAGUAAAGCAUGUAACUCUGUUUGAAGUAUAAAAGGUUAUUGGGCUCGUCCAAUGAGUUUGAAAAGAGUUUACUCCUCUGGUCAGAUGUUUUGGGAGAUCAAUGGGGUGGUUGUUUCAGAGAAAAAUGCAAUGAGGCUGUUUCUUGUUUGUGUUCUAGAUUUGGCAUUUAGAUCAGUGAUGUAUCUUUAAUAGGAUAUCAAGUGGAUUAGAGCUCUAUACUUGAUGUGUUACAACUUUGUAUGUUUUUUGGUCCUUUGCUUUCCUUUCUUUCCCGUUGUUCUUGUAGGAUACUGCAUCUUCGUGGUAUGUUUAUUGUUUAAAUUCUUGAUUGCUUUUGUGGUUCUAGAUUUAUUUUUAGUUUAUUGCUUACAACAAAUAGCCAUCAUGGUGAAUUUAUUAUGAUAUGUUAUGUUUUCCAUGAUGUAUGAUACGUCCAUUGGAACUUGCUUUUAUUUUAUAGGUGUCCCAGUGUAAAUAAGAAUAUGAUCAAAGUGAUAAAGUUACCUAUGAAAAGAUAUCACAUGCAAAAUUUCAUUUAGAAAGUAGGAGUUUAUUGAUCAUAGAACUUGAA